CCCGCAUUCUCUCUUCUCUCUCGCAGUUUUUUCCCCAGCGGCUCAUUCAGAGUUCUCCAUUAUAGCGGCAAAUUAAAUAAACCACUCCAUUGCCAUAAGAGGCUGGGGCCCGGACUGAACCAGCCUAGUUAGCGAGGACCAGGGGAGCAAGGCAGGCGUGCAUGCUGAGAGAGAGCGCACCUCGCUGGGCUUUACUCCACCUCGCUCAUGGUUCUUCAGGCUGAACGAAUGAAAUGGUUUGAGACGAAGCGGAGGAUGAGGAGUGGAUGGGGGGGAUCGAAGGGUCCCCACCCACCCCUCUGUCUCCAGUGGAGAUGGAGAGAAGGACAAAGGAGCUCUCUCCUUCCUCCAGCCCCCCUCCUCAAAAGGGCAGCAGCGAAAAUGAUCAUUUACCCCAAAUAAGAUUUGUCAGCAGUGGUUUGUAGCCAACUGUUUACCUUCCGCGCGCCGCAGAAGACCCCUUCAGCUGCGCCUGUAGCGCGCGCGCUCUCUCCCGUGCUCGUCACCUGAUCGUGAGCCAUAUGCAAAUCUGCCCCGUCCUCAAACGCCAUUGGCUCUCCCUCACUCAUUUAUUCCCUGUCAACGCGCAUCAUAUGGCCGCUCUCCCACUAACUUUUCAAGCCCACCGCUGAAAGUAGCUCAAAGACAAGUCUGCACUGGAUGUGAAAAUCACCCCGAGAGGAAGUUAGAAUAAAACAAAGCAGCCGCAAAGUUAACUUGCCUUCUAUCCUCUGUCUGGAUUGUACCGAUCUCUCCUGUUCCGAGUGGCCUCUGUUGUUAUUAAGAGGGUCUACACGUGUGUGCCUGUCAGGAGCGGGGACGUGUGAAUGUUUCUGUGUGUGAGCUGAGUAAGUUAAAGCCAGGUGAAUGUAUAGCAUGAUGAUGGAAACGGACUUGCACUCCCCGGGACCCCAGACUAACACAAACACGGGCCACACGGGACCCAACGGCGGCAGCAAAGUUAACCAAGACCGUGUCAAGAGACCCAUGAAUGCGUUUAUGGUGUGGUCUCGGGGUCAGCGCAGAAAAAUGGCUCAGGAGAAUCCAAAGAUGCACAACUCGGAGAUCAGUAAGCGCCUCGGAGCAGAGUGGAAAGUCAUGUCCGAGCCGGAAAAGCGACCCUUCAUUGACGAGGCGAAAAGACUGCGCGCCAUGCACAUGAAGGAGCAUCCGGAUUACAAGUACCGACCCCGGAGGAAGAACAAGACGCUGCUCAAGAAGGACAAGUACUCUUUGGCGGGUGGCCUGCUCGCUGGACCAGGUGGCGGAGGCGGCUUGGGGCUGGCAAUGGGUGCAGUGGGGGUCGGGCAGAGGUUAGACAGUCCGGUGGGUCACGGCGGCAACACCGCGGCGAGCUACGCGCACAUGAACGGCUGGACCAACGGGGCGUACUCGGGGCAGGUAGCGGCCGCCGCGGCUGCAGCCGCAAUGAUGCAGGAGGCGCAGCUCGCCUACAGUCAGCACCCGGGCAGCGGAGCGCAUCACCACCACGGACACCAUCACCAUCCGCAUAAUCCCCAGCCUAUGCACCGCUACGAAAUGACGGCUCUCCAGUACAGCCCCAUCUCAAACUCUCAGAGCUACAUGAGCGCCUCGCCGUCAGGUUAUGGUGGAAUAUCCUACACGCAACACCAAAACUCCAGCGUAGCUUCAUCUGGGGCCAUCGGCACGCUGGUGAAAUCGGAGCCGAGCGUAAGUCCUCCCAUUACAGCUCACUCUCGAGCCCCUUGUCCCGGAGACUUGCGAGAGAUGAUAAGCAUGUAUUUACCGACGGCGGAGGCAGGGGACCCGUCCGUUCAGAGCAGACUUCACGCUGUACCGCAGCACUAUCAAAGUUCCACGACGAGCGUAAACGGAACUGUUCCUCUGACACACAUAUGAAAAGAUUGGCAACUACGCAUUCAGACUCAAAUAACCAAAUAUUUACCUCUUUUAGAGCAUAACUACCUUUUUUGUACAGAAUGUCUGUUCUUGUAAAUUUGAAGGUGAUAUUAUUUAAAUAUGAUACUUAAACUGAAGGGUGUCCUUGGGAUGUUGUCUGAAUAAUUUGUCCGAAAUUACACAAUAUGCGUGAGCUUUAGACAUUUGCGAGGGAUUAAUUCUUCUUUUGUAUGUGUGUGAUUGUGUGUGUGUGUGUGUGUGUGUGUGUGUGAGAAACAGCGAGUGAGAUGGUUCUGUGUUUAAGACAUGAAAAAGAGUGCGUGCUACAGUGUAAAAUAUAGUCAAAUUACAACGUUUUUAAAGUUUUCUAAGAUUUUUCUCGAUCCCACUUUGAUUUGUCAACACGUGAGUUACUGUAUUCGAUCUAUUCCUUAUUUGUUUGUUGUAUUUUUCCUUGUACAUUGUGAAUGUGUUACAGAGAAAGAUUGAUACACAUCUGUAAAUAUAAUUCGGAUUUGCCUUGAAAAA